AUGGGCCAAGAAGAUGCUGUCUAUCUCGCUAAGCUCGCUGAGCAGGCUGAGCGCUACGAGGAGAUGGUCGAGAACAUGAAGAUUGUCGCUUCCGAGGACCGCGACCUUAGUGUCGAAGAGCGCAACCUUCUCUCUGUUGCCUACAAGAACGUCAUCGGCGCUCGCCGUGCCUCUUGGAGAAUAGUCACCUCGAUUGAGCAGAAGGAGGAGACCAAGGGCAACUCUUCCCAGGUCACCCUCAUCAAGGAGUACCGUCAGAAGAUCGAGAACGAGCUUGCUGGUAUCUGCGAGGAUAUCCUCGAUGUUCUCGACAAGCACCUGAUCCCCUCUGCGACAUCCGGCGAGUCCAAGGUCUUCUACCACAAGAUGAAGGGUGACUACCACCGUUACCUCGCCGAGUUCGCCACUGGCGACAUUCGCAAGGGCUCUGCCGACAAGUCCCUCGAGGCGUACAAGGCUGCUACUGAGGUCGCGCAGACCGAGCUGCCUCCCACCCACCCUAUCCGUCUGGGUCUGGCCCUGAACUUCUCAGUCUUCUACUACGAGAUUCUCAACGCUCCUGACCAGGCCUGCCAUCUCGCCAAGCAAGCUUUCGAUGACGCCAUUGCCGAGCUUGACACUUUGAGCGAAGAGAGCUACAAGGACUCGACCCUUAUCAUGCAGUUGCUGCGCGAUAACCUGACCCUCUGGACUUCUUCGGAGGCUGACAAUGCCAACGCUCCGGCUGAGGGCGCCGCCUCUAAGGAUGAGGCUCCCGCUGCCGCCGCUGAGGCACCGGCUGCGGAGGAGCCCAAGGCUGCCGAGUAA